CGCAUUGUAGGACGCCGGCCCUUGAGGGAGCGGCGAGGGGCGGGUUCCGAGGCGGGGCGGGCGCUUCGGGUUGGAGCCGGCGGCCUGAGCGAACCAGCAGGUCCCAAGUCCUACGGAAGCGACGAGGGGUGGGAGAGCAGCCGUCUGGGCGCGCGGGGGGAGGGCCCUCCCGCCGCCGUGGCUUCGGCGGAGGCCAGGCGUGAGGAGCUGCCAUCGCCGCUGCCUCUAGGGCCGCGCUGAAGGGACUUGCCGGAUAGUGCCGCGGGCGGAUGGAGGCGCCUGCUCGCCCCACCUGAGCUCAGGAGGGGCCAGAGCCGAGCGCGGGGCCCGCCUCCUGUCUCAGGAGCGGCCGCACGAGCCAGCGGAGGAGGAGAGCGGGUGCCGGGCUUUUCCCCGCAGGAGCCCCCAGCAUGGUUGACUAUAUUGUGGAGUAUGAUUAUGAUGCUGUGCAUGAUGAUGAAUUAACUAUUCGAGUUGGGGAAAUCAUCAGGAAUGUGAAAAAACUACAGGAGGAAGGAUGGCUAGAAGGAGAACUAAAUGGGAGAAGAGGAAUGUUUCCUGAUAAUUUUGUUAAAGAAAUUAAACGAGACACCGAUUCUAAGGAUGACAAUUUGCCCAUCAAACGGGAAAGGCAUGGAAAUGUAGCAAGUCUUGUACAACGAAUAAGCACGUAUGGACUUCCAACUGGAGGAAUUCAGCCACAUCCACAAACCAAAAACAUCAAGAAGAAGACCAAGAAACGACAGUGUAAAGUUCUUUUUGAGUACGCUCCACAAAAUGAGGAUGAACUGGAGCUGAAAGUGGGAGAUAUUAUUGAUAUUAAUGAAGAGGUAGAGGAAGGUUGGUGGAGUGGAACCCUGAACAACAAGUUGGGACUGUUUCCCUCAAACUUUGUGAAAGAAUUUGAAGUGACAGAUGAUGGUGAAACUCAUGAAACCCUAGAGGAUUCGGAAACUGUUUUGCCUGGGCCUACCUCACCUUUACCCUCUCCAGGGAAUGGGAAUGAAACUGCAUCUGGAUCAAUUACUCAGCCAAAGAAAAUUAGAGGAAUUGGAUUUGGAGAUAUUUUUAAAGAAGGCUCUGUGAAACUUAGAACAAGAAUCUCCAGUAAUGAAACAGAAGAGAAAAAAACGGAAAAGUCAAUAGGAUCCAAAAUGGGUGUGGAGAUAACAAAAACUGAUACCGAAUGUAAAAUUAAAGCUAAGGAAUAUUGUAGAACAUUAUUUGCCUAUGAAGGUUCCAAUGAAGACGAACUUUCUUUUAAAGAAGGGGAGAUAAUCCAUUUGAUAAGUAAGGAAACUGGAGAAGCUGGGUGGUGGAAGGGUGAACUUAAUGGUAAAGAAGGAGUAUUUCCAGACAAUUUUGCUGUUCAGAUAAGUGAACUGGAUAAGGACUUUCCAAAACCAAAGAAACCACCACCUCCUGCUAAGGGUCCAGCUCCAAAGCCUGACCUUGUAGCUACAGAGAAGAAGUUUUUUCCUGUGAAGCCCGAAGAAAAAGAUGAAAAAACACUGGAACAGAAACCUUCUAAACCAGCAGCUCCACAGGUUCCACCCAAGAAGCCUACUCCACCCACCAAAGCCAAUAAUUUAUUGAGAUCUCCUGGAACAGUUUACCCAAAGCGACCUGAAAAACCAGUUCCUCCACCACCUCCUAUAGCCAAGAUCAAUGGAGAAGUUUCUACCGUUUCAUCAAAAUUUGAAACUGAGCCAGUAUCCAAACCAAAGCCAGAAUCUGAACAGUUGCCACUUAGACCAAAAUCAGUGGACCUUGAUUCAUUUAUAGCAAGAAACUCUAAAGAAACAGAUGUUGUAAAUUUUGAUGACAUAGCUUCCUCAGAAAACCUGCUACAUCUCACUGCAAAUAGACCGAAGAUGCCUGGAAGAAGGCUGCCUGGUCGCUUCAAUGGUGGACAUUCUCCAACUCAAAGCCCAGAAAAAACCUUGAAAUUACCAAAAGAAGAGGAUAGUGCCAACAUAAAGCCAUCUGAGUUUAAAAAGGAUACAUGCUACACUCCAAAGCCAUCUGUGUACCUUUCAACACCAAGUGCUUCUAAAGCAAAUACAUCUGCUUUCCUAACUCCAUUAGAAAUCAAACCUAAAGUAGAAAUAGAUGAUGGGAAAAAAAAUUCCCUGGAUGAACUUCGAGCCCAGAUUAUUGAAUUGCUGUGUAUUGUAGAAGCACUGAAAAAGGAUCAUGGGAAAGAACUGGAAAAACUGAGAAAAGAUUUGGAAGAAGAGAAGACCUUGAGGAGUAAUCUAGAGGUGGAAAUAGAGAAACUGAAAAAAGCUGUCCUGUCUUCUUGAAGUGGUUGAACACAGUGUUCUUAAAUGUUCCAGGGAUUCAGAAGCAACAAUAUGAACUUCCACUGACUUGCUACUUAAAAAUAACAAACGCUGGUGUUGUGAUAAAGAAAUAUGAGUAUAUGAACUAUAGUAUCUAUUAAAAAGUUAGGGGUGGGUGUUUUCUUUUAUAUAUUUAGCUUUGCCAAUAUGAGAAAAAAGAGGCCUUAUUUCUUACUGUGCUGGGAUUGCAAACAUUACUUUUGUUUGUUUGCUUGAAAAUACUACUGAAUCUGUAUAAAAAGGAAAGAAAGUUCAUAAUUUUUUUAUUGAAACUUGUAGUAUUAUUUUUAAAGAGCUCUAUACUAUAAAUAUGGUGAUAUCUUUACAAGUAAUCUGUAAGAUAAACUGUUUGAGAGCGACAAAUUAGCUUUAUAGUAACUAUAGUCACUACUUUUCCCAUGAUACAUAAGGGAUAUAAACUUUGUAAAUAUAUACAUAUUUUUACUUUUAGCUUCUUACCCAGGAUUACACUGUUGUGCCUGUUUGUCUGCAGUGCUGUUUUUAAUUUGGGUGAUGAAAUAGGAGUUUCCUAGCUAUAAACCAGAUUACUCACCCAUGCAUAUAGUAAUAACUAAUGAAAUAAUUAAAAAGUUUCAACUUUGAGUGUUUUAUAUUGCUUGCACUAUAGGAUUCAUAAAAGGAAUUUAAUUAAAAUGUAAUGGAUUGUCAAAUAUGAGCUUUAUUUUAAGUUCAUUCGUUCUUAAGGAAUCUAAAAACAUCAAUUUAAUCCUUUACUUGUGCCUAGAAACUACAGCACAUAUGAAAUAUGUAAACACCAGCCUCAUUGCUGUACUUUUCUGCUUAUUUUAUAGUCUCAAAUAUUACUCAUUUCAUUAUCUCAUGAUUUAGUUCUUUGUGCUGUUCUCUCUGACUUUUAAUAAUGGUAAUAUUAGGAAAACAAAACCCAAAUCUUUUCAGAACCUCAUGUAAAGUGUCAUACUGGGACAAGUUGUCAUUAUGUAAAUACUCAGGUUUUACAGUGUAUAAUUUACAUAAUAGGGCAAACUAACUCCUGGAGAUAUUUUGGAAUGUUAUUUAGGUUAAAAGUUUAGAAAGAAUGUUAGUAUAUCAUAAAAUAUAACACAUUACAGCUUAUUUAAACCAAAUAUAGUUGACCAUAUUGAAAAAACAUUUUCACAGAAUGGGUGAAUAAAUACUUUUUUUCAGUCAUUUAUGAACAGUUGAACAUUUCAGAAUGUUAUAUCUAUAGGUAAUAUGUCUAAAAACUUAUGGGUUAAUUUAAAAUUAAAAAAUUUUUCAUUUACAAAAAAAAAAUAGGCUUCAAGCUCUACUAUAGGAAAUUAUUUUAAGGACCAAGUUAUCAUGCUUCCAUUUUUUGUUUUUGUUUUAAACCACCAAACCAAUGUUUUUUCUGUAUGUUUUUAAAUCUUAAAGUAUGGAAAUCUUGUGUAAAUGAAAUUCUGUCUUACUGUUUCAAAAAGAGAACUGAAGUAGAAAAUAAUAGAAAUGCCAGUACACAAUUACUUAAUGUUUAAAUCACAAUGUUUGCGCUUUGGGGGAAAGCUAAUUGUGCUUUUUGAGUGUAUACAUUUUAACUAUUUAAUGUCUUUGGGUUCCUCUAAUGAGGUCACUACUGAACAAAAUUGUUCCUUUUUGUUUUUAAAUGAUUAGUUGAAUGAUUUCCUUGUUAAAUAAAUUACAUCAUCUGUUAAUGACAGUCCUUAGGUAAAAAUAAAAAUAUUGCAUCCUAGACACCAUCUUCCAGCUUUCUCUUUGGAAGAUCUACUAAGUUAUCCCUACCCAGAUUUCAGGUUAUAUGUGAAGUUUUUUUGGUCAUUUUUCUCUAGUACAUUUGACUUUCCUACUUCUCAGAAUAUACAAGUCAUUGAAGUUCUAUUUUUCUGCCCUUGACAAAAUAGUAAAGAAAACCAAGCAAGCUUGAAAUUAAAGAGAAAAAUGAUUCCUUUAUUAUAGUUUACCAGUAUUUGUUCUUGGUAUGAAAACUUUUAUUAAUUACUAUUUCUAAAUUUCAUGUCACAAAAUGAUAUGUAAUAGUAAUAGCUUUUAUUGGAGGUGAAACAUUAGUUCCCACCCCCACUCCCCACUUUUGAGUAUAAAUAACAAAGUGAACAGCAUGGAAUCUGUCCUUGCCAAAUUAUUAGUGUGAAUGUAUAGUUCAGGUUUGCUGUGCUUUGAAAUACAUAAUACUAAUUUCCUAAUUGUAUUCAAUGUUACCUUUUUUGUAUUGUGACCACUAAGCUUCUGUCUUAUAAAGCUGUUACCUCUACAGAAUUAUACAGAACUUUACUGAAGAGUCUAAAGAUGCAAAGAGAGAAUGGGCCUUGUGGAAGAGAGGAUCCUUUUUUUCUUCUUUUUAAAAUCAGCUCCUUACUGUGAUCACAGAAAAAAUAAACAUUCAAGUGCUCUGUAAAUUUUUUGGUAAACGUUUUAUGCUUGCUUUUAAACUUGAAAUGUAUGAGCAGAAUGAGACAAUCAGUUAAAUCCAAAACGAGAAGUGUUAUAAUUUAAUGGCCUUGUUUUGCUAUAGCAAUAAAAUGACCAAGUGCAAUGACUUAAUAAAAUCAUCUUUUUAAAGUU